AUGUCACUUGUGCGCGACAGCCCCCAAAGCCUCAAUCGGGCAACUUCAGAUUCAGGCCAUGGCCUAAACGAAUCGUCGCGGCAUCUCGCCAGCCAAGCUACAAACACGUUUGUGCUCAGCACUGCAGCCCGGGGAUCUGCUAAAGCACCAUCUCCUCUGACUGCUUCAUCGUCUCCGCCUCACCGCAUUCGUCGUCGUAACCGUAUGAUCACAUCAUGUCUCGAAUGUCGGCGACGCAAAUUAAAGUGCGACAAGCUGCACCCAUGCACGAACUGUACAAAGUUUGUGCGGGACUGCGUGUUCCUUGCACCAGCAUUAGAUUCAGCCAGUCAGCUCAGGUUGACUGAGAUUAAGGAGAAGAUGGGUGUCUUGGAGAGGGGUCUCGAGGCUGAGGUCGCCAAUGCCAAAAAGCAACACCGGCUUCAUCUGGACGGAGAAAAAGCGGUAUCCAAUGAGAACAUUGCCAGUUCAGCCUCUGCCCACCACGUCAGGAAAGGCAGUGUUGAUCUCCCAGGGGAACUGUCGCAUGAGCAGAGUGAUGGAGAUGGGACUGCGGAGGUUCCCGAGGACGAGAAAGGCCUUGAACCAACGCCGUUGGCCGUGGUUGAUGCAGCAUACGACGGUGAUGCUGAUGACGACGUGCUGGACUUGGGAGUCAAAAUGGGCAAGAUGAGAAUGACAGAGAGACUUGGAGGGUACUUCAGACCCAAGAUGACGGAAGAACUUUCCUUCACCUUGAACCUUCCAAGGAGUACUGUCCAGUCACCAGAAGAUCAGAGAAGUUCUGUAACACCCAUAUCGCCCCUCUCGCCGCUGCAUGUCCAACAGGUAUGGAAAGACAAAGAGACAUUCCUUGAGCCAGGUCCAACAUAUAUUGCCCCCGGGUCCGGCUUCUUCUUUGGUAAUCCGGGGAGUGGAACCUCCAUAAUUGACUUUCUUCCCUCAAGACUUGCAGGGGAUAGAUUAGUCCAACAAUAUCACGAUGUGGUCCAUUUCAUUGCUCGAGUGGUCCAUUGGCCCAGCUUUGAGACACAGUAUGACAACUUUUGGGCGAACAUCACGGUAGGUAUCGAGCCUUUGGGAUCCCUACAGGCUGUUGUUUUUGCGGUCAUGUUCUCGGCCGUUGUCAGUAUGAAGGAAAACGAUAUCACAGCCCUUUUCUCCGUACCUAAGAGGGAUCUCAUGGCUAGCUUCCAGAUGGCGACGGAGGUUGCAUUAGGGAAAGCCAAUUUCAUUCGCACUACGAAGCUCGAGACCCUGCAGGCAUUGGUCAUUUACUUGAUACCCAUGUGCCGCGACGAGAUGUCUCGUGCUCAUUCCGUGCUGGUCGGAACGGCUAUCCGUCUUGCCGAAUGUAUGGGCAUUCACAGGGACCCGCAACAGACUUAUGAUCUCGGCCCUCUAGAGUCGCAUACACGUCGAACUCUAUGGUGUCAAUUGUGUUUCUUGGAUAUCAGAACGGCUGAGGCCCAAGGACCGCGUCCGUUGAUCAGACGUGAUGAAUUCGAUACAAACUUUCCUUUAAACAUCAACGAUGCUGAUCUGACCUCCAGCAAUCCCGAGGAGAGGACUGGCUGGACCGACAUGACAUUUUCCAGAAUCCGCUUCGAAUGCAACGAAAUGCACCGUGUCAUCUGGAACGAUCGAAGCCGCCUGGAAAGGAAGCAGAUCGGACUCACUCAUGUGCUCGGCAAGAUUGAGUCUUUUCGAAAAGCCAUGGAGGACAAAUAUCAUCCCAUCAUCGAUGAAAAUGUGCCACUGCAGAAAGAAGCAAAGAUUGUCAUGAACCUUCUACUUCUCCGAAUGCAUAUCAUGGUUUUACAUCGUUACCAUACCUCUUCCCGGGUCGGCAUACCGGAUCGACUUCGUCAGAUCAUACUCUCCACAGGAACGCAGCAGAUGGAAGACGCAAUUCGCCUGGAAACAGAACCGGUGCUGCAACCUUGGGCUUGGUAUUGCGGUGCUUAUCAACAAUGGCAUACCGCCUUCCUUCUCCUUGUGGAGGUGUUCUCAUUUCCGAUGCGGCGGGAAGCAGAUCGGAUAUGGCGCAUCGUCGAUUACGUCUUCGAGACUGAUCCCUCCAUGACCAGAGAACAAAAAGGUCGGGCCAUACUUUCAGAGCUCAGAGAUCGCACCCGGGCCUACCGUGACUUUCGAAAGAUCAGAGCACCGAUCAACAUGAUGUCUCGGAUCUGUACUGCACCAUCUCAGAAGCCGGAUCAGGAGGAGGGUAGGAGUACUCUUCUCGACUUUAACAGCGACCCUACACCUGCUGCAAGCCGGUCUAUCCAACGUCCUCCUCUGGCCUACCGUCUAUCGUACGGCCUUGCAGAACAACCCCACAUUAUAUACACUGGACAAGGUAGUCUCAACCAGCCAAUCGGCAAGCAAGCCCCUAAGAGCCAGGUCAAACAUCGAACACCAUUCAACUCCGCGUAUGCAGUAAGGCCAAUCACUGCAGUUGCUACCACCGCAGCGGCCAACCUUGGGCAGAUUACAAAAGCCCUUGCGGACGCGCCCUCACCUAUCUCUUCUGCUGAUUCAGUAUACGGCCGGAACUGGACCUUUGAUACGCCCUCUACCUUUUUCAUGGCACAAUCGCAAAUUAAGAAACCUGAGCCGAAUAAACUGCCUGGCGAGCAGAGAGCGCAGGCUAGCCCACCACGAAGCGAUGUUACCAGUACUCCUAAUAGUUAUUCAAACCCCAGUAUCCCUGUUAUGGGUGCAAACAAUCCUCUUGCAGAUAUGUGGAGUGGUGGAACAGACAAUGGAGAUCUAGGACAAUCAGUGCGUCCACCUCCAGGACUGGUAGUUGAUGAGAAUCCUUCGGGAGUCAUAUCACCUUCAAUCAUAUCGCCUGUCAGCGGUAGAAGGAGUCUUCCACUUAAUCAGCAAGCUGCUGGAAUGCCUGGAUUGGACUCUGACAUGAUGAUGGUGGAUAUUGAUUGGAGCGAAUGGGACAAGAUAUUUCCCCCGGAAGUCAACACAGGCAUCCUGAAUGCGCCGGUAGCACAACAGUUUUGA